AUGGGAUCCUCUAAUAUGACAUAUCUGAACCCAAGGACAGUAACCCUGAUUGGGAUUCCUGGACUUGAGCACAUACAGUUUUGGAUUGGGUUUCCCUUCUUUGUUGUCUGUAUGGUGGCCUUACUGGGAAACAUCUUCUUGAUAAUCAUCAUCCCUACAGAACGCAGCCUGCACCAGCCCAUGUACAUCUUCCUGGCUGUCCUGGCAGUCACAGACCUUGGUCUCUGUUUAGCGAUUGCUCCUAAGAUGUUGGCCAUUUUCUGGUUUGGGUCCUAUUCCAUGGCCUUUGAUGCUUGCUUGGCCCAGCUCUUCUUCAUCCAUGCACUGCAGGGCAUGGAAUCAGGCAUUUUGUUGGCCAUGGCCUUUGACCGUUAUGUCGCUAUCUGUGAUCCUCUGAGGCACACCUCCAUCCUUACGCCAUUCUUUCUAGUUCGGUUAGUACUAAUGGUGGCAAUCCGUGCAAUAGUGCUUGUUGGGAUUCUACCCAUUCUGCUCAAACGCCUGCAUUUUUUCCGCUCUGUGGUUAUCGUUCAUUCAUACUGUGAGCACAUGGCGGUGGUGAAACUUGCUGCUGAAGAUGUGCGUGUUAAUAAGUCCUUUGGACUCUUUGUGGCUUUUGCUAUCCUAGGUUUUGACAUGAUCUUCGUCUUCAUCUCCUACAUUCUGAUUUUUCGGGCUGUCUUUCGACUUUCCCAGAAGGAGGCACGGCUCAAAGCAUUUAACACUUGUACUGCUCACAUUGUUGUCUUCCUGGAGUUUUAUAUCCUUGCCUUUUUUUCUUUCUUCAGUCACCGCUUUGGUCAUGUAUCCCCCUAUACCCACAUACUCUUAUCUACCAUCUAUCUGCUUGUGCCCCCUGCCCUCAACCCUAUUGUGUAUGGUGUAAAAACCAAGGAGAUUCGUCUACGCAUUGCUCAGAUCUGUAUUCUGAAGCCUGACAUUCAUACAGCAGUGCGCCAAAGCUAA